AUGAUAUAUAGCGAAGGACUCACCACUAAGAUCACACACAAUACACAUCACAAUCACAACCACCUACCACACAGCAAGAACCCCAAAGAGAUCUCGCCAAACAAUGGCGGCAAUCAACCCAACAACACACACACAAACCAGAACCACCACAAUCACAAAGACCCCAACACUACCAGCAAACACAUAAAACAGGACCAUCAGACUCACAGAAGGCACACUAUACACACAGAGGAACGUGCACGUCCCAGAUGCCAAGCCGACUUCCUUCCUACCCUACUCCACACCAAAACAGCCACUUCUCUCCACCCAGCCAAUCAUCCCAACAUGCCCUCUUCCUCCCACCCCAUUCAUGAGAGUAACACCUGUACUGGUAGUCAGGUUAGUGCCCCAGAGCCUCCCACCAACAGACAUAACUACAUCCUCACACGUGAAGAACUCAGGAGGGAAAUAGCAUCUGUAUUAUCACAAGUUCUUCACACUUACUCCCUGAGCAACACUUUACAGCAGAUCUCAGGAAAACACUAG